UCCGCGUGCGCCUCUUGCUUCCAAUUGCGCAUGCGCGGCGCUGCCUGCUUGGCAAAGAAGCAGACUAUCAUGGCGGCACAGAGAAGCGACAAGCUGUUCUUACCUGUGGCUUUUGGAGUUACGCUUCUUAAAUUCCUCCUCAUCCCGACUUAUCAUUCCACAGAUUUUGAGGUGCAUAGGAACUGGCUUGCCAUAACUCAUAGCUUACCUGUCUCUCAGUGGUAUUAUGAGGCCACUUCUGAGUGGACUUUGGACUACCCUCCCUUCUUUGCGUGGUUUGAGUAUGUGCUUUCACAUGUUGCCAAGUAUUUUGACAGAGAGAUGCUGGUGGUCCAAAACCUCAACUAUUCCAGCCAUGAGACCAUAUUCUUCCAAAGGCUUUCAGUCAUCUUUACAGAUGUGCUCUUCAUCUAUGCAGUUCAUGAGUGCUGUAAAUGUGUAAAUGGGAAGCAAGGUGGAAAAGAGCCUUUUGAAAACCCUUCAUUUGUUCUUUCUGUUCUCCUCUUGUGGAACUUCGGCCUUUUAAUUGUGGACCAUAUUCACUUUCAAUAUAAUGGCUUUCUGUUCGGAUUCAUGCUUCUAUCCAUUGCACGGCUAUUUCAGAAAAGGCACUUAGAAGGAGCUUUUCUCUUUGCCAUCCUCUUACAUCUCAAGCACAUCAAUCUCUACGUAGCCCCGGCAUAUGGCAUGUACCUACUCCGAUCUUACUGCUUCACUGCAGAUAAUCCAGAUGGAUCCAUCAGAUGGCGCAAGUUUAACUUUCUUCGCUUAACUGCUCUGGGAUUAAUAGUCUGCCUUGUUACUGCAUGUUCACUGGGACCAUUUAUUGUUUGGGGUCAGCUUCCACAAGUCCUCUCUCGCCUCUUCCCUUUCAAAAGAGGCCUUUGUCAUGCAUACUGGGCUCCCAACUUCUGGGCAAUAUACAGUGCUGUAGACAAAGCUCUCUCUGUUAUCGGUCUGAAAUACAAAUUCCUCAACCCUGCAGAGAUGCCCAAGGCUGCCAUGACUGGAGGGCUGGUCCAAGAAUUUCAACAUACUGUCCUUCCAUCUGUGACUCCACUGGCAACUUUAGUCUGUACAGCCAUCUUUAUGCUGCCCUCUGUUUUCUGUCUUUGGUUUAAACCCCAAGGGCCCCGAGGCUUCCUGCGGUGCUUGGUUCUCUGUGCAUUGACCUCCUUCAUGUUCGGCUGGCACGUUCAUGAGAAAGCAAUUCUCCUUGUCAUACUCCCUUUGAGUUUACUGUCUGUGGAGAAGUCAAGAGAUGCUGGUGUCUAUCUAAUCCUGGCUACUACAGGACAUCUUUCCCUCUUCCCCCUGCUGUUCACAGCUCCAGGAAACAAAUGGCUUUUCUUCUUUCCCUUAUUAGGCAAGUAUUUCUACUUCUGUAAUCCUAAAAAUAGUGUUAAGGUUUCCACAAAUGUAUUCCGUAAUACGGCUUCUUUUCAUUGUAGAAAUGCUUACUUCCAAAAUACUUCACCUAGUAAACUGGUAGCAUGACUUAAAAGAUAAAACUACAAAGUGGGACCCAUGAGUCCAUAUCUCACUUUUGAAGAGCUUAAAAGGUAGAGUUUGCUGCCUCUCUAUGCAGCAUAAAGACAACAAAGGGCAGUAAAGUGUAGAGGUUUGAGGGAAUUUGGGAAAGGCAGAAUUUAAUCUGCACUGAGCCGUGAAACUCCAGGAGACUUGGGCCAGUUAAUACUUGCUGACCUAUCUUAUAGGAUUGUUGGAUGAAUCAAGUGGAAGAGUGGAUUGAGUUCAUUAAAGAAAAGAGCAGGAAAUAAGUGUAACAGCAUGACCCACUUAACUUUGUACUGAAAAAUAAGUAACAUAGGGCUAUUUCCUUGAUGUAGCUGCAACCUUUUACAUUAAAAGGCAACAAUUCAGGAACCCAUUAUUUUUUGAAAUAUUUAAUACAGGUUAUCUCUCAGUUUAUUAAGUGGAUGUGUUCCUGGGCAUUAUUCCUUUAAUGGAAAAUGUGCCAUAGGGAAAAACUGGAGAUCACUUUCAUCAUCUUCUACUUUUCUUGUGACUUACAUUUUGAUAGUCAGAUUUGCAGAUUUUUAAAUGGCGGAGUUAGCUGGAAAAGGAGGGCUUGUCUGCUCUCCUUUCUAUUUUUGCUGUUCGCACGUGCUUUGUAAAGGUUCUGUUUACCUCACAUAUAGUGGGACUGGCUGAAGUUGAAUCCCAUUCUUUCCCAGCUCAAGCUUUGUUUUAUUGCGCUGUUUAAUACAGACAUGAUGCUGCAACUUGAUUUUGAAAGCCUGUGUUUCUGUAACCCUCUUUCCCCAUCCUCCCAAUGCCAGUGCUUUUAAGAAUUCUAGCUAAGCAAAAAAUAAAAGAAGAAAAAAAAUAGGGCAGGGCUGGGCAGAAUAAAAAAUGGGCUAGACUGUCAGAACUUUUGAGCUUGUACCUAUAUAGGUGUUUAUAAAAACAGCAGCAGGUGCUUUUUCUUGGUAUAUGCAUACUAUGCUACAGAUAAUCAGAAAACAAAAGAACCCCCUCUUUCAAAGCUUUUAAUUUAUCCCAAAUGUAAAUUAAGCUGGCUCAUAAAAGU